UAUGGAUAAAGAAUUUUAAUGUUGUUAAUGUUAACAAGAGUUUAAUUUACACGAUAGAAGUCCGCAUGUCCUUCCAUCCUGUGGUCAUUCAAUAUGUUAGUUAUGCGUAACUCAAUAUUUCUCAUCGCAAUUAAAGUUGGUUUGCAAUGAAGACAAGUAUAUUCAAUUACUAUUUAAAUUAAGCAUUGAAUGUCAAGUUGAUAGAGAAUUCAAAUUCUUUCCAAUUAAUCAAAGCAUUAUAGUCUUAUUGAAAAAAAAUAGGACUGUUCAAAGAUCUCAUACCUAUGUAACUCCAGAAGAUGCUAUUCCUAGAAUAUCAGUUGAAGAUGUUAGUGAAUUUUCAGGAGAAACCCAAUUAAAUAUCCACCUUAAUAAGAAUAUCUCUCAAUCACAUUCAUGCGAAAUAUUGCCUAUAAAAGAUAACUAAGGAGAUUUAUGUCCAAUUCAUUCAAAACCAUUAGAAUUAGUUUGUUAAGAAGAUGGAGAAUAUAUAUGUGUUAAUUGUGCUCUAUUUGGAAAUCAUAAGUUUCACAAUUACAAGCCUAUUGAUAUCUACGUCAAAGAAAUGGAAUAAACAUUUUAUGAUAUUACUACUAUAUAUGAGGUUGUUAAAGAAAUGAGUUCUAAAAUUGAUUCAAAAACUUAUGUUUCAGAAUUUGAAAACAAAAUACUCUAGUCUAAAGAUUCUAAAUUAUAAUCUAUAGAUAUCAAGUUUGAUGAACUAUUUAAUGAAUUAAAUUUUAUUAAAGAAGAAUUCAAAUCUAAAAUUUCUAAUAAUUACAAUCUCUUAUAUGAUGAUAACAAGAGAAAAAUUGAAUCAGAGUUUACUCAACUUAAAGAUCAAGCAGAUAAAUGGCUAUCAUAUACUGGUAAUUAAUUGAAUGAUUUCUUUGUUGAAAAAAGUUAAAAUCAAAAACUAAAAAUGGAUGCUAAAGAAUUAGGCAAUAGUAAAGAACAUGGCUCAUAAUUAAUUACCAAAAUCUAAAACUAAUUUUCUUAAAUUGACAUUCUUGUCAAAUUAAUCUCUGAUUAAUAACACUUUUUUAUUCCUAUUGAAAACAUCAAAAAUCAAUUUCCUCAUGAAAAUAAACUACAAGAUUAAUUAUUAUUAUUGGAUAAAGAAGAUAAAUUAACAGAAUCAGAUAUAAUCUAUUAGGAUUUCAAAGAUGAAAAAUUCACUCAAUCCAUGUAAAAUUCCUAAUAACCUACACAACCAGCAUCUCCUCAAUAUAAUGUUGCAAAAUCUAACUUUUUUAGCUAAUCAACACCAGGAUAAUUCUAAAGAAAAGAUAGAAGUGUCACUUUGUUAUAAACUGAACCUUCUGAAAUCACUGCUCCAAACACUAACAGAAAUAAGUUAUCAUCAUCCAAAUUUGUAAAAGUCUAAAAAUUCAACAAAGAUCCAAAAAUUCAUGAUAAAAUUAUUAAUACUCUUGCCAUGUUUGAAAAAUUUGAAAUGAU